AUGGCGGAGGCGGCACUGGACUCUGUGCGGAGGGCGUUGCAAGAGUUCCCGGCUGCGGCUCGCGACCUCAGUGUAUCUCGUGCUGUGCCCUACUUGGAUGGGCCCCCAAGUCCGCUGUGUUUCUACCGGGACUGGGUGUGCCCCAGUAGGCCCUGCAUUAUCCGCAAUGCGCUGCAACACUGGCCAGCCCUCCAGAAGUGGUCCCUCUCCUACUUAAGAGCCACAGUGGGCUCCACAGAGGUGAGCGUGGCUGUGACCCCAGAUGGCUAUGCAGACGCUGUGCAAGGGGACCGGUUUGUGAUGCCCGCGGAACGUCGCCUGCCCAUGAGCCAUGUGCUGGAUGUGUUGGAGGGCCGGGCGCAGCACCCAGGAGUCCUCUACGUGCAGAAGCAGUGCUCCAACCUGCCCACCGAGCUGCCCCAGCUUCUGCCAGACAUCGAGUCCCAUGUGCCCUGGGCCUCUGAGUCACUGGGAAAGAUGCCUGAUGCCGUGAACUUCUGGCUGGGCGAGGCAGCUGCGGUGACUUCCUUGCACAAGGACCACUAUGAGAAUCUGUACUGUGUGGUCUCCGGUGAGAAACACUUCUUGUUACAUCCACCCAGUGACCGGCCUUUCAUCCCCUAUGAUUUGUACACACCAGCAACCUACCAGCUGACCGAAGAGGGCACUUUUAGAGUGGUGGACGAGGAGGCCAUGGAGAAGGUGCCCUGGAUCCCACUGGACCCCCUGGCUCCAGACCUGGUCCUGUACCCCAGUUACAGCCAGGCACAGGCCCUUCACUGCACAGUGCAGGCCGGUGAGCUGUUGUACCUGCCAGCCCUUUGGUUCCACCAUGUCCAGCAAUCCCAUGGCUGCAUUGCUGUGAAUUUCUGGUAUGACAUGGAGUAUGACCUCAAGUACAGUUACUUCCAGCUGGUGGACUCCCUUACGAGGGCCGCAGGCCUUGACUGAUGGUACCCUCACAGACACUGCAGAGGACAGCCCGUGUUGGGGGUUGAUUCUAGAAGCUACCUAGAGUUUGCCUAUGUACUGGUUGCUGCCGGGGUUCCUGCGUGGGCUGAGAUUAGCCUUGAAGAAACCUGAAAUAUAGUUGGAGGGCCUCACCCAGGCAGGUCUGGUUGAGGGUGCCCAGGAAAUUGCCACAUAGGGACAAGGAAGCAUGGAUCAGGUACAGCAGUGCCUGUCACCGGUGCUAUGACCUUGGGUGAGUCACUGUGUGUUAGCAUCAGUCCCCGACUGUAAAGUGGAGAAAAUAAUGGCUCUGCCUCCCAGGGCUGUUGUGGGGAUAGACAUGGACCAGCAUGGAGGAGUCAAUAAAAGAUGGCACUGAUAUUUUCGUUCUCAUGCUCCCUGUCACAGUUGCCUUCCAUGGCCUGCCAAGGGCUUAAAUGUUCAGGUAAAAAUUUCAGGGUGAUCCUGAUUGAGGGGUGCAAGCCAGAUCCUGGCUUGGGAUGCUACCCACACAGUUGUGUUAUAACUGGCUGGCUGGAACUUGAUUGGUUCAGGGCCACCAAUGCUGCCUCUAGCUUGGUCCCAGACUGCUUUUCCUUCUCUAGUUCCUGGGGGAGCCGGCAGAUCUGGAGCCCUGAGAGUGACCCCUAUUCUAGAAGUCUAAACAGGAAGGGACGGGAACCAUGGUCCUUGUGAGCUGCUCUCUGAGGGAAGAGCUGAUCUCCACAUCCAGACCUCUCCUCACUCAGCUGAAGAGCAGGGAGAGCUCCUAUCCCGUCAUGCCAGCCCACAGGCCUCAUUUCUGGCCAGCCAGCUCCAGGGGUGGAGGCAGCUGAGACGCGGCUUGGCUUUGAAGAGCUGUUGAUGUGAAAGCCACUCCCCUUUACAGUUGAUGGGGCCCGAGGUACUCUUCCAAGAUUGCCCAGGGCUCCAGUUGCGACUGGGCAUUCCUGUCGUACUGGCACUGGGAAGGUUGCGAAAGGACCACGGUGACAUGAUGCUCGGGCGCCCCACUGCUCACUGCUGUUUUGGGGAGCCAUGGUCUGCUGGCCUGCUCAGCCUGUGGCAGCAAGUUCUGGAACCCCUCUAAGUUAGGGCUCAUUGGGAGAGUGGGGCCUCAGGGAGCCUGUGCUAACUCCAGGGGUGUCACUGAUUCCAGCAUCGGCUUCAGGUGUCUCACUUCCUGGGCAGGUGGCUGGGUCAGCAGUGGGCGUGGGGCUUAGGUGGAGCCGAGGAGUCUGUGGGAGGGAUUUGAGAGGAAUGUGUGGCCAGUUGGCUCACCUCAGCUCUGGGUUUAAAGCUGACAGUCGUUGGUCCUGUGGCCACUUCCCCAUCAUACCUGUUCCCGUGGACUUGAUCUCAUGGCUCUGGUAAGGCUCCAGAGGGCACUGGGCUCCCAUUUCUGACUUGACUCCCCAUGUAGGGCCUGGUUGCUACUGUUUCUAAGAGGAGCUGUGGGCUUUUCUAAGCAGAGGGAGGGAUGCUUUCCAGCUUCAGGAUCAGACAGAGUAGAAGCCAGGAGCAAAGCCAGAACUGGGAUGGGGCCUGUCCUGGGAACUCUGGGGAUCUUAGCUACUGUUCUAGGGGCUUCAAAAGAAGUAGCUGCUCCAUGCCUCUGGCAUGUGGGAGCCCGGGGGCCGCGCCAGAGAUGAACUUCCUCAGCUUUGCUCCCAACCAUGGAGCUCCCUGAACUUGACCGUUGGCACCUUUCCAGAGAUAUGGCUGAAGACCAAAAGGAAGGACCAGGUGGCACAAGCUUCCCCUGCCUGGGCACACUGUCAAAUGCCCACAUGUCCAGAAGCAGAGGGGAUUUGGAAGGAGCUCUGGAGACCCCCAUCAGAUCUGGAGGAUGGCAGUGUGGGAUGGUCUGGGCUGGCAGCUGCUGUCUUGACCCAGAACCCAUCCCCAGUAUGGGAUAGAUAGCACCAAUUAUAGUUCAUGCAUUUGCCUGAGCCCCAAUGUAGUCCUUUCUUUCCCUCGACACAAAGCUGCUUGGUGGGGUGGGGUGGAGAGGUGAGGCAAUAGGAUAAAAGGCAGAAGGAGCCAUACCCAUUGAAAGGUCAGCUUGCCCGUGUUCCAGUCCCAACCAUGCCUCAAGAGAGUAGCCUCAGUUUCCUUCCACGGUUGGUCAUGGUCAUAGCAUCCUUAAUAGGAUGUGUGACAACUGAGUAAACACAUGCUGAGUCCUUGGUAUGUGGCUGGCACGGUGUGGUGUUUAAUUAGGAGAAGGUGUCAUCGUGUAGAUUCAGUGUCUCUUGUCGCUCUGGGAUUCUGAUGGGUGAACUUUAAGAGACUGUCCCAACCUCCCCUGUGGCCCUGUCACACCUAUAGCAAACUUACCCCAUC